AUUUGUAAUCCCACAAAACAUUAAAAAAGGUUCUAAGGAUGAUUGAAAUAAACAAAACUGCAAUUGGCAUUGCAGCUGGAGUGGCUGGGACUCUGUUCAUAGGUUAUUGCAUUUAUUUUGACAAAAAACGCCGCAAUGAUCCCGACUACAAGAAGAAAGUCCGCGAGCGUCGUCGGCGCAAUCGCAAGUCAGGUGCAGCGAAGCCGGGAAUGCCAAACUUGAAUGACCACGAAGCAAUUGAGAAGUAUUUCCUUCAGGAAAUUCAAUUGGGCGAAACGUUGAUAGCUCGUGGUGAUUUUGAAACCGGUGUUGAGCAUUUGGCUAAUGCAAUUGUUGUCUGCGGUCAACCAGCUCGCCUGCUGCAGGUUCUUCAGUCAUCGCUUCCGGCACAAGUUUUUGCAAUGUUAAUUGUUAAGAUGCAAGAAUUCGGAAACCGUGCUGCGGAGUCGAAUGAGGGCCUAGGGAUACGUUCAGGACAAGCUGAUAACUCGACAAACAUUUUGGAGGCAAAUUCUGGAUCGGCGAUUAUCGACGACCUUGAAUAAUAUGCGAUCAUUACUACAUAAAAUACACACAAUUGCCGAAAAUAAUGGCAAAGUAGAAAUUAAGGGCUUCAUAUAGUAGUUUUCUAAAAUUCGCUGCAUAUUAUACUAUGUAUUUUAAUUUCUGAAUGUUCCCAAUACAUAAAGAUAAAAUUUAUGCAUAAA